GAUACUGGCGCGGUGAUGCGCCUGAUGCGCAAGGCACUCCCAUCCGAGACCAGGGUUUUGAGGAGUACAUGCGUUUGCUCGCCAAGGAUGAUGACAUUCGGGUUUUCCAGGGCACUGCUAAGGGCACCCCAACUUGCUUAUGGUACGAGGCUCGGCAUUACCAGGCUUUGAUUGGCACUGCUCCUCCCGAUGAGCUCAAGAAGGUGGAAUCCUUCGCGGGUGCGCAAUGCGCCUUCUACGCUUGGGGGAAGCGCCCUGCUGAGGAUGAGCCCGCUGAUUCUGUGCAAGGUGGAGGUGAUGAGAGGCCUGCAGCUCUCCGCCAGCGACGUUUUCGUGAGAACGUCUUGGUCGCUGCAGGGGGAGUUCCCGCCUUUAGAUGUGAGCCUUGCUCCUUCGUCAUGUUGCUUCUGUCCGGAGCCACCAUUGCCAGCGAUAUCAUGGUGGACGUAGAUGCCCUGGGCCCCUUCGGUCUAAUGUCGCUGCCUUUCGUAGGCUCUCUCGGAGAGAAAUUGCUGAAGAGCAGUACCGUUGGAAGUGUCCUUUGUGUGCCUUCGGCUUGCCCACUGCUGGUGAGGAGAUUGUCAGCAAGCAUGCUCAGGCCCUCGCGGUUGCCGCCCAUCGACGUGAGCGUCAUCAUGAUGUUUCUGACGUUGCUUAUCGCAAUGCUGGCAUGGCCCACGCGCAUCGUCGGCAAAGCUACGUUCGGAGAAGGGCGGCUCGUGUUGCCAACAGGCUUGUUGUUCAGGACCGUGGCCAGCGUGUCUUGUUUCGGCUUGCUUUCAGCUGAUGCUUGCGGGACCCGUACUCUCAAGUCCAACUUUGGCAUCCUCAAGCAAAAGCGCUGCCUUGUUGCGGAGCAAACCGGUGCAGUCAUGACGGCCACCUUUGCAACCAUGAACGUGGGUCGGGCCCUCGCUACUAAGGUGGACGCUACUGCUACCAUCUUCGCGAGGAUUGAUGCAUACAUUAUGGCUUUGCAAGAUGUCGAUGUGAAUGUUGAUUCGGCGCCUUCCGUGACGGCUGCCUUCCGCAAGCAUGGCAUUUACUGUUACUUUGGGGCACCUGAUGCUCGCGGUCACCGCGCCACUUUGCUUACUCGAGCCCAAGGUCGUGCUGUGGUUUUGAAGGGUGCUCAGGGCCCUCGCAAAAUCCUGGUGGCGGCUACUUAUGGUCAUGCCUCUGACCCCACCUCGGCCACUGAGCAUGCCUUCCAGAUGACUAUCGAGCUCGCCCGAUCCGGUUACGAGUGGGUCCUUGUGGGCGACUUCAAUGUGGAUGUUGAG